CGAGGCUGACCUUUGACCCUUCAGUUCAGGGCGACCUACCUCAGUAAAAAUACAGCUCGCUCAAAUAUGCUAAUCGGUACACUCGCGGAGGCGAGAAACAUCCGCGUGUGAGUUGUAACUUUCAGCGAUUUCAACAUACCGGAAAAGUUGCCAAUUAGCAAAAGAUCUUCACGGUUUAACGCCAAGAGCAGUUGGAAGAUGAUACCGACAAUAUUGGAGCUGCUGGUUCUUAUUCUGGUCGUUUUAAUAGCUGCUGUAACCCCUGAGUGCUACAAGUGCAAGUCAUCGAGAUAUUACUCGCCCACUAACAGUGAAUUUGUUGACCAGACCCUGGGUCGCCUGCUUCGAGUAGAUGCAGACUGUCAAGACGGAAAGUCGCGGAAUACAGAACACUGCCCAUUUGGCUGCUACAAGACCCAAGCAACAGUCAGUCUGCGUAUGAGUACUUAUGAUCAAGAGAAAGUAAUAGUAGACACCUUGGUGCGUGACUGUGCCUCUGAAACAGAAGAAAAGAGUGACGGAUCAUCGUCCACAACCACAUCUCAGAAGUGUCACAUUUUAAUGAAGAAUGACACCAGCCAGCGAACAAAGCUGUUAAUGACCAGUUUUCAGUUAUUUGCGACCGUGGAGGAUAUCAAAGGCACCAUAUGUACAUGUACGGCUGACCUAUGCAAUGGUGCUGUAAACAUUAACCAAGCCACCAGUGCUGCAACCCUUUGGCUUCUAUUAGUUAGUUGCUUAGCAGCAUCUGCCAUUUGGUCAUGGACAUCAUGAUAGUUCAUGAAACUGAAGAAUUGUAAAUCUUUCAACUACUGGGUUCAUUCAGCAUCCUCCAAUUUUCCAUGGACAUCAUGAUAGUUCAUGAAACUGAAGGAUUAUACAUCUUUACACUGCUGGGUUCAUGCAGCAUCCUCCAUUUUGUCAUGGACAUCAUGAUAGUUCAUGAAAUGGAAGAAUUAAUUGAAAAUCUGUCCACUGCUGAAUGCAAGGAGGAUCCUCCAUUUUGUCAUGGCAUAAUGAUAGAUCAUGAAACUGUACAUGCUUGCAUGUUUGCAUACAAUAUUUUCACUUAAGACUACAGAUACUUUGGACAGAGAAAGAGAAAAGGAUUUUUAUUCAAUUAUAUGCAGCUAAUUUAUAUUCAGCUUCUCUGAAGAUCAUUAGUUAUUUGCUCAAAUGUAAAAUAACCUGAAAUGGGCUCAUAUCUAUUUAUUUUAGUUGUGUGACCCAAACUUACAUAAUGUACAUUGUGCAGUAUGCUUGUCUUUAUUGUAACAUUUGACAGGUUCUAAUUACACUAAGACUAGGUUCCCAUACUUAGAUCGAUCCAUCUGGAUCGAUCUAACUCCCUUUGGGUUUACGCUAAAUUGCUAUCAACUCUGGAGGCUUAAAUGUCUGUCAAGCCACCAAAUCAGCUAAGGUUAAAUAUAAUUACCCCCUAACAGUUUUACUAGGUUUUACAGAUGUUUAAGCCAGUUAGUUUGAUAGCAAUUUAGUCAGUCUCCCCAGGGAGAUAGAUCAAUCCAAAUAUCUGUGGGAAUGGUCCCAAAGGGGAGAGGGAGUGCUGCUCCCUUAUGCAGGUUUGCUACACAGUGUUUGGACUGAUCGUAAAUUGUCAGCAUAAGUGACCAUCUUGAGCACGGAUUGGACAAAUUCUUUAAAACAAUGUGAUAGAGACAAAUGUACUGCACUAUGUGAAAAGAGACUUAAUUAAAAUGAUAUAGGGUAAAAUUAAUGGGAGGUGUCCCCUAGGUUUUGCUGACUUUGUAAUACUGAGUGCGAAUAGUCAUUCAUUCUUCAUACUUAUUGUUGUCAAGGCUCAUGUGUAAAUAUUUGGGAAUAUUUCAUAUCCAUGCAAUUUUUUGAUGUAUAACAACUGCUAGAAGCUGAUAUUCUGAACAAAAUAAUAGAAUAAUGUAUGUGUGUAGGUAGCUUAUAUAUAUAUACGUACUAGAUAAGUGUUUCAGGGCUCAUUUAGGGCUAUUUUUUAUAUCUAUGGGUUUUGUCCAUGUUUGACCUUCAGCAAAAUUGAAAAUGACAGUUUAAAUCCAGUUUUUUAAAAACAUCUUUGAGAGAAAAAAGCAACAAUACAAGAUUUAUUAUAAAUAUAUAAAUGCAUAAUAAUUGUAUCACCUAACACACAACUAAGUUUAAAACAUAGAUACAAAUAUCUCCUUGCAGUCUUAGUAGGGGUCAUUUCAAUAAAUCAAAGAGGAUUUUUAGAACAACAAUACCACAUUUAAAUGUCACAGAUUUUAGUUUGGGAAGCAAACCAAUUGAUGCAUUUUGACUGUGCUGAGAAAUUGUUUCCUUGAUGGGUGACAUAUUUUGAUAUGGAGUUGCAUCAUGCAGUACUUUGUAUGAUAGUGGAUAGUUGAUAAUAUUUCAUAUUGAGAUAAAUUAUUAUUAGUCACAAAUUAUUUACACAUUUAUGUACAUGAACAAGGAAUCUUUUAAAGCUAUAUAUUUUGCUCUUGCAACAAUUUGAAAGCAGUUAUUUUUACUUAAUUUAGGUAGCUAAGGGGGAGGGGAGAGGGGGAUAUGAUGCAUCUCUCUCUCUAAAAUGUUUUCACCAUGUGAAAACAAACUGAGUCAGAAUUUGCCCCUCCCCUUGAGAAAUCCCGAAGGGUCUACCAAUAUUGAUAAUAGAAUUUGAUAUAUGUAUAUAUUUACAGUGCAUUUUCAUAGCACAUAAGAUAAAAAAAGAUUUUUUUUCAUCCUAAAGAAGAAUUUAUUAUCAGUAUUACAUUGUACCUGUUUAAUAUUAUUGCUGGACAAAUAUUUAAUUUCGAACAGUGGACUAGGAAGAGUGGAUUAUUGGCACUCAAGUUUCUAAUUUUUUGCCUCUAAUGUGGAUAAGAAGUACAACAGGAAAAACAGUGAAUAAAGAUUUUCUGUCAUUCAGCAGAUUUUAAAUAUAAGUAUGGAUUUGAAGCAAAGCAAUUUCAAGACAGUUGUUUGCUUUUUAUUUUCCAGACAAAAAAAAAA